GAUGAUGAUUAUGAUGAUGAUGAUGAUGAUGAUGAUGAUGAUGACGAUGAUUGCCCAGGUCCAUCUCUGGAUGUCUUCCUGAGGAGAGCCAUGGAGAAAUCCCUCAAAAAGUAAAAAUGGCCACCUGGACCUGUUUGCUCGCUUCCUUCAUGGCCUCUUUCUGGAGUCCAACCAGAGACUCUUAGGAGGUCUGCUGGGUCAGACAGAGAACAGUCCAGAAAUCAUCCAGAGAGCCAUCAACAACCUGAAGGAGAUGAACACUCACAGAAUCUCUCCUGACAGAAGCAUCAACAUCUUCCACUGUCUGAUGGAGAUGAACGACCACUCAGUUCAUCAGGAGAUCCAAGAGUUCCUGAAGUCAGAGAACAGAUCAGAGCAGAGACUCUCUGAGAUCCAGUGCUCAGCUCUGGCCUACAUGCUGCAGAUGUCAGAGGAGGUUCUGGAUGAGUUGGACCUGGAGAAGUACAACGCAUCAGUGGAGGGACGACAGAGACUGAUCCCAGCUGUGAGGAACUGCAGGAAGGCUCGAUUUUCUAGCUGUGGACUCUCAGAGACUCACUGUGAACUCCUGGCCUCGGCUCUGAAGUCCAACCCCUCCCAUCUGAGAGAACUGGAUCUAAGCAGAAAUUAUCUGCAGCAUUUAGGAAUGAAGUUGCUGUCUGCUGGAUUAAAGAGUCCACAUUGUGGACUGGAGACUCUGAGGCUUGAUAAAUGUGAACUGUCAGAGAGCUGCUGUGUCCUUCUGGCCUUAGCGCUUAAGUCCAACCCCUACCAUCUGAAAGAACUGGAUCUCAGUCACAACUCUCUGCAGGACGCUGGAGUAAAACGGUUGUCUGCUGAACUGGAGAGUUCAGAUUCCUGUCUGGAAACUUUGAGGUUGAGGUGCUGUAGCAUGACAGAGAUCAGCUGUUCUUCUCUGGUCUCAGCUCUGAAGUCCAACCCCUCCCAUCUGAGAGAACUGGACCUGAGAGACAACAACCUGAAGGAUUCAGGAGUGAAGGAGCUGUGUGGUUUUCUGCAGAGUCCAGACUGUAGACUGGAGACUCUGAGGUUGAGUCUCUGCAGGUUGUCAGAGAUCAGCUGUUCUUCUCUGGUCUCAGCUCUGAAGUCCAACCCCUCCCAUCUGAGAGACCUGGACCUGAAUCUGAACCACCUGCAGGAUUCAGCAGUGAAGGAGCUGUUAGAUCUUGUGAAGAGUCCAGACUGGAGACUGGAGAUUCUGAGGGUGUAGAUGGAUGAGACUCUUCAGAAACACAUGGAUGCAGCAGCGACAGAUUCAUUCUCCCUCACAGUGACAAACCAGGAGGAAGGGGUCCUGAUCCCUCACUGGCCUCCCACUCCAACAACACAGUGUUUCUCCAUUGAGUGAUCCCAGGCUGCUGGGAUAAUGUGUAGAUAAUUGUCAAAACUGUUUACUGCAUGUUUUUAAUAGAUGUUUGUCCAUUGUUGAGAAGAAAAGUUUUGCUGAAAGAAUAUGCUUCAAGGCUUGUACUGAAUCAGGAACAAGAGGUUUUAUGUAUUUUCUAUACUUGGAACCUUCUGCAAAAAAGGUUUUACACAAUAAGUAGAGUGGUACUCUGUAGAACACACACCUCUGCCAAGUGAGAUUUUCCAACAAUAAUCAUGUCUGUUGGUGUGCCUAUCUAUGUAACGUACAUGGUUACUGAUUAUAACAGUUAAUUCAUAUUUUCAUUAUUUAUUUAUCUAUCUGUCUGUGUUUUACUUUUUGUUUAAUAUGUAAUAUAACUGGUUUAAAAUAGCUCUCACUUACCCACUGCUUUUGUUAUGUGAAGUAGCUGCUGUAACACUAUCGAUCGAUCUACCACAUAUCAUAAGAAUUUAACACACACUGACACUGAAGGCAUGCAUUAAAAAGAAAAAACCAUAAAAGAGGAAUAAGAAGUAACUGAGACUGUGGAGAAGUUCAUUUUAGAUUUAGGAUAUUGGACAGGCAUUCACUCUGAAUCCGCUUUCACAAUUUCAUCUCAUGUAGCACACCUGUUUUGAUUGCUAAUGUGUAAUUAAUUUAUUUUAAAUCAAUAUUUGAAUUGAAGUCCCUUGCAGUUUUUUCAGUAGCUUUCAUGUCAUGUGACCCAGUGACUCCAAACCAAUGACACACUGGACAAACAAGCUUUUUUCAAUAAAAAAUAAAUAAAAGCUGCCCUAAGGUGAGGUAAGGUAAGGUUCCGAGGUGAAGUAGAGAGCUGCGGGAAUGAGUCCUAAAACCCGGAAAUAAAUUAACCUUUUUGGCGCUUCCUUGUAAAA